CUUUAGAUAUAUUCCUAUCUAUGCUUUAGUGCCAGUAUUACAAUUAUUAGAGUUAAAAAUUAAAAUUAAUUUAUUUUAAUGCUUGUGGCUUGUUAGAUGCUUUUUAGUGCUUGAUUUGGUAUUUUAAUUUAUUUAUUUACCUUCAUAUUGAUACCUAGUUUAAAAUGUUUAAAUUAAUUUAAUUUCCAUCAUACAUUAAUUAUUUAACCAAAAUACCUUCCAUAUUUUAUAAUGGUUGUAAAUAAUAGACAAAAAACGAGUGUGUUGAACAAUUUUAGAGUAAAUGAAGUAAGUUCCUAAUUGAUGAAAAACUAAUAUCUAUUAUUUUAUUUACACGCAUAGAUUUAUCAAAAAUGCCACAAAAUACUAUACUAUGUAUUAUAAGGAAUUGUAAUACAUGAUAAGCAAUGACAUAGCCAGAUGGGUUUUGGGUGUUGUAACCCCCCCCAUUAAUUUUUUUUUAGCUCUAGGUAAAGUUAAAAAAGUUGUAGAACUCUAAGACAAACCCUCUAACCCCCCCUCCAUUGAUAUAUCUUGACUAUGCCACUGAUGAUAAGUAUCUAUAUAAUAUAUAUUGUAUACAUUUUAUCAAGUUUUAUUAUGAAAAUAAAUAUAAUAUUUAUACAUUAAUAUAUUCCAUUAAUAUAGGUUCCUGAAAAUUAAAAAAAAAAUGUUUUAUCUAUUUAGAAAGUUGUUUAAUUAUUUUAAUUACAUAUUUUUUGUGUAUACUUAUAGAUUGAUUCAGAAGAUGUAACUAUAAACUUGGAAAAUUUAAGUAUAAAUAAUGUAAGUAUUUAAAAGUAUAAAAUAUAUAAUAGUUUAUAUAUUAUAGUUGAUUUGGUUGGUUUUUUUGUCUUAUUUAGAUAAUAAACCAAAACUUUAUAAGUAGAUAAAUGGUUCUGAACUGAUUAAUAUACAUUAUAUAUAUAUACAGGCGUCCCCACUAAGAAAUAUCCAUUAUAACAUCUUCUGAAAGAACAAAGAUAAUUCAAUUCUGUUUUAUUUUUUUUUUUUUAUACUACUAGCAUAAGGACUUCAAGUAUUUAUAUAUUUAUAUUUAAAUUAAAUUUGUAUGGUUUAGAAAAAAAAAAUGUAUUUUAUUAUUUUCAAAAUGUUUGAAAAUAGCUAUUUUAAUACAGUUUAUUCUUCUGAACAUUUUAGAAUUUCUACUUUAUUUUCAUUGAAUUUAUGAUUUUUAAUAAUUUUUUAAAGUCCAAAGAAAAUUAUCUAUAACUAUGCAGCAGUCUAUAAAAAAAGUGAAUUAAAAACAUAUUAUAAUAAAUCUGCUAUGAAUAAAGUACAAAAGUAUUGAGAAACUUUGAAUCAAUUUUUGAAUAAAUUAUUGAUUUGAAUUGAUACCCUAAAGGUUUUUAUUCCAUUCAUAUCUUAAUAUUAGUUUCAUUUUUAGGUACAAACGAAUACAAUAAAGCAUUCAUGGCAGUAUACUGUCCAAUUAAAUCCAAUUACAUUCUAUGAUGAUAGUUCAGAUAUACAAGUAAUUUAGUAACCAACCAUCAAAACUCAAUACAUAUUACAUACCUUUUUAUUUUAAUCCUAAUUAUAGCCAAAUAAUGCUCAUCAAGUCUGGAAGCAAACUCAAUAUAUAUCAGUAUGUUAAUAACUUAAUAUAUUGUUUAUUUAAUAAUUAAAAAAUGCAUACAUAUACGUAAACAAUAAAUUUGGUUUGUCAAUUUUGUAGUUGUACAAAAAUGUAUUGUCAAUCCUAAACAAACUUACAUGGACUACAUUUGAUCAACUAGUCGAUGAAUUUCAAAAAUUACCAAUUGAAAAUGCAGAAUGCCUCGAAAGUAUUGCUAAUAUUGUUGCCCUUAAAGUAAAUACAUAAUAAAAUAUAUUUAAAAAAAUGUAUUUUAAAUUUGCUUUUCUUUCAGGCAUUUGAUGAACCAUCAUUUGGAUCCUUGUAUGCUUCUUUGUGCAGAGCUCUUGAUAUAACUAUUAGUUUUCAAAAUGAAAGUGGUUUACCAUGUCAGAUGACAUUUAAAAAAUGCAUAAUCACAGUUUGUCAAAAUUUUUUCCAAAAACAAUGUGUGGAUCAUACUGAGACAAUAAUCAUAUCUGUAGAACACGAACAAAACCAAAGGAGACUUAAAAUGCAAACAAUAGGUUGUAUUAGGUACAGAACUAAAAUUAAAUACUUAAACAAAGAUAAUACAUAUUUAAAAUUAUCAAUUCAAAUGUAACAUGAUUUUAAUAGUUAUUUAUUUAUUUAAUUUUAAUAUUAAAAGCUGGUGUUAAUCCAAUUAUAAUUUAUUCAUAUUAUUUUAUUAAAUUAACAAGUAUAAUUGAAUAUAAACCUAAAUAUUAUACUAAUAAAAAAAUAAUUCCUGUAACAAUAUUUUUAUAAGUAUAUGUGUACAUUUUAUUCAUUAACAAUCAUUUGUGUUCGUAGAUUUAUUGGUGAAAUUUUCAAACAGUCAUUAUUGUCUCCACGUAUUGUUCAAUAUUGUGUGAAAACAUUGAUGUCUAAAACUAAUGAAAGGUUUCUUGAGUACCUCUGCAAUCUUUUAAAAAUAGUCUACACUGAAUUAAAUGAAAAAGUAUUUUAUAAUAUUUUCACAUAGUAAUAUAUUAUUUAAUUGUUUUAACCAUAAUUAAUUAACUAUUUCAGAUAAAUUUAAAAGAUGUUUAUGAUAAUUUGAUAUAUUUGAUAUCUGAUGAAAUGAAGUUCAAAAUAUCACCCAGAAUAAGAUUUAUGAUUAAAGAUGUAGUUGAAAUGAUAAUGCCUUGUAAUAUUUUAAAUCAAGCAAAUUCUAAUACAAUAUUAGAUAAUAGUUUAUGUACUACAUAGUGAAAUAUUUUACAUAACAGUUUUAAAAAGUUAAAUCACAUUGAGUACAUUCAAUUUAAUACCUUUUUUUUUAAAAAAGAUAUUCUAAAACUGUUAAUAUAAUAAAUUAUAAUUAAUAUUAAAUUUUAAUAGACAUUAAUGUUUCAACAAUGAAUGUUUAUUUUGGUGUUCACAGUUAUUUUUAUCUUUCCAAAGUCAUCUAUUGAUGUAUAUUGAUGUUUCAUACUUGUUAAUACUUUCUCAAUAACAACUUAAAAUAAAAAUGAUUUACUUGUAUAAACAUUAAACUCAUAAAGUAACUCAUUAAUAAUGAGUAUAACUAUGUAACAUUAAACAUCAUAAUGAAUUGUGAUUUGUUUUAGUAACUGUACAAUAUUAAUGACCUAAGAAAAUAAAUA